AUGGCAGAGGGAAAUUCUCAUUCAAACAAUUUGGUAGAAGAAAAUGGAGCUUCAGAGCUCCAAAGUCAUGUGGAAGGGGUAGUUGACCUUUCUCCACCAUCACACACACAGGGAGAUGACAUUAAAGCUUCAAAGAAGAAAAAGAAGAAAGCUAAAAGCAAGAAAAAGAAAGAACCUCUACAGCAGACUGAUCCACCAUCAAUUUCUGUUGUCGACCUUUUUCCAUCUGGAGAAUUCCCUGAAGGUGAAAUUCAGCAGUACAAAGACGAUAAUCUAUGGAGAACCACAUCAGAGGAGAAGAGAGAACUGGAGCGCCUUCAGAAACCAUUAUAUAAUUCGGUUCGUCGAGCAGCAGAAGUUCAUCGCCAGGUUCGCAAAUAUAUGAAAAACAUUAUAAAACCUGGAAUGCUAAUGAUUGACUUAUGCGAAACAUUGGAGAACACAGUUCGUAAGCUAAUAUCAGAGGAUGGCCUUCAAGCAGGCAUUGCUUUCCCCACAGGAUGCUCUUUAAAUUGGGUUGCUGCUCAUUGGACCCCAAAUUCAGGGGAUAAGACUAUACUUCAGUAUGAUGAUGUGAUGAAGUUGGAUUUUGGCACCCAUGUAGAUGGAUACAUAGUUGACAGUGCUUUUACUGUGGCAUUCAACCCAAUGUUCGAUCCACUGCUUGAAGCCUCUCGUGAAGCAACCAAUACUGGUAUUAAGGAAGCUGGAAUCGAUGUGCGCCUUUGUGAUGUUGGUGCCGCAAUUCAAGAGGUCAUGGAGUCCUACGAAGUUGAGAUUAACGGGAAGGUGUAUCAAGUUAAGAGUAUACGGAAUUUGAAUGGACAUAGCAUUGGCCGCUACCAAAUUCAUGCUGAAAAAUCUGUUCCCAUUGUGAAAGGAGGGGAGCAGACAAAGAUGGAAGAGGGUGAAUUUUUUGCUAUUGAAACCUUUGCUUCAACUGGGAAAGGAUACGUGCGAGAAGACCUGGAGUGGAGCCACUACAUGAAAAUUUUUGAUGUGGGCCAUAUCCCACUGAGAUUGCCUAGAGCGAAGCAACUGUUAGCAACUAUAAACAAGAAUUUCUCUACAUUGGCUUUUUGUAGGCGGUAUUUAGAUCGCCUAGGAGAGACCAAAUACUUAAUGGCACUAAAGAAUCUGUGUGACUCUGGCAUUGUUCAGCCUUGUCCUCCUCUGUGUGACGUUAAAGGAAGCUAUGUAUCACAAUUUGAACAUACAAUCUUACUCCGACCAACAUGCAAAGAAGUUAUAUCAAAGGGUGAUGAUUACUAAUGCGGA